CAAAAGGCUAAGGUCCCAAUUGAGAGCAGUGAUGGCGGUUGCAGCUUGGCAGGGUUGUGCCCGCCUGUCUUGGUGGAGAGUGCGGCCGGCCGCGCUCUUCGCCUCACGGCGGGGCUAUUCGACGAUGCCAGUGGAUGACACGAUAAACGGGCUGAACGAAGAGCAAAAACAGAUGCGACAGACCGUGUUCAGAUUCCUUCAGCAACAUUUAGCUCCCAAGGCCCGUGAAAUUGAUCAGACCAAUGAGUUCAAGGACCUUCGGGAAUUCUGGAAGCAACUGGGGCACCUUGGAGUGUUGGGCAUCACAGUCCCUGCUCAAUAUGGUGGCUCAGGCCUGGGCUUUCUGGACCAUGUAGUAGUAAUGGAGGAGAUAUCCCGAGCCUCUGCAUCUGUGGGACUCAGUUAUGGAGCCCAUUCCAACCUAUGUGUCAAUCAGCUUGUACGAAAUGGAAAUGAAACCCAAAAGGAGAAAUACCUCCCCAAGCUCAUCAGUGGGGAACACAUUGGAGCCUUGGCCAUGAGUGAGCCCAGUGCUGGUUCUGAUGUUGUGUCUAUGAAGCUGAAAGCUGAGAAGAAAGGGGAUUACUAUAUCCUGAAUGGCACAAAGUUUUGGAUCACCAAUGGACCGGAUGCUGAUGUCCUCAUUGUCUAUGCCAAGACAGAUAUGUCUGCUGUGCCAGUUUCUCGAGGUAUCACAGCCUUCAUCGUGGAGAAGGGCAUGCCUGGAUUUAGCACGUCCCAGAAGCUAGACAAGCUGGGAAUGAGGGGCUCUAACACCUGUGAGCUGAUCUUUGAAAACUGCAAGGUGCCUGUCUCCAAUGUCCUGGGUCACCUGAAUAAGGGUGUGUAUGUACUGAUGAGUGGACUGGAUCUGGAGCGGUUGGUGCUGGCUGGCGGGCCUCUGGGGAUCAUGCAAGCCGUCCUGGAUCACACCAUCCCCUACCUGCAUGUGAGGGAAGCCUUUGGCCAAAAGAUCGGCCAUUUUCAACUGAUGCAGGGGAAAAUGGCAGACAUGUACACCCGCCUCACAACCAGUCGGCAAUACGUCUAUAAUGUUGCCAAAGCUUGUGAUGAGGGACAUCAUACUCCCAAGGACUGUGCAGGUGUGAUCCUUUACGCAGCAGAGUCAGCCACACAAGUGGCUCUGGAUGGCAUCCAGUGCCUAGGUGGCAAUGGAUACAUUAAUGAUUUCCCUAUGGGACGCUUUCUUCGAGAUGCCAAGCUGUAUGAAAUCGGGGCUGGGACCAGUGAGAUUCGGAGGCUAGUCAUUGGCCGGGCCUUCAAUGAGGCCUUCAAGUAACCCCUAAAAGCACAUACUACCUACCACUGUGGAAGUGGAGGAGGAGGAGGAGAAAGUGGUGCUUCUGGCAUGAUGCCCAGCAGGACCUGUGAUGACCCUUUGGCUUCUUGCCUGCUUGAAUUUCUCUGUUAGCUAGCCCCAGAUUCUGUGUCAUCUCUCAAAUGUCGUCCUAGGAUAAGCCACACAGUGUACUAUCCCUUAGCUUUUCCUUCCUGCACUCUUAUUUUUAAGAGUACAAGUAAAAUCAGAUUUAAGUGGCCACCAAGAGUAGUCUUCAGGGGGAAUUUUGGGAAGGGAAAGAUCUUAGAGGAGCAGCAUGAGGGUACAUCUGUGUGACCUUACUUCAAGUAAAAUCUGGUUUAAAUGAUCAGGAGCCAAUGGUCUGAGUGCAAAUUGAAGUAUAAUUUUCACACUUUA